UGAUGCAAAAGACAAUGUAAAUUUUAUUCUCGAAAUUUCUCUAGCGCCCCUAUAGUAAAAUGGGCUUAAAGAAAAGAUAAUGUGUUUUUGACAGUUGAAGUUAGAGAUUUGAAAGAUGAAAAAGUUGAUUUGACAACAAAUUCACUCAAAUUUUCAGCUAAUGCAGAGGGUGUUAAUUAUACUUUUGAAAUUAACUUCUUCGCUGAAGUAUCUGUCGAAGUAAUUUAAAUAAAAUUAUAACAUUUAGGAAAGUAAAUGGACCAAUUAUGGAUUGAAUGUUAGAUUCAUUUUAUCUAAGAAAGAUAAAACUGCUUCCUAUUGGACUAGAUUAAUCAAAGAGACUCACAAAUUAGCAUUUUUAUAGGUUUGAUAAAUCUUUUAAUAAAAGGUCGAUUGGACUAAGUAUGUAGAUGAAGAUGAUGAAGCUGAAGAAGGAGGAAAAGGCUUAGAUGAUUGGGAUUAGAACAAAUUCUAAAAUUUUGAUUAAGGUGGUGCAGAUGAAGAUGAUGAAGAGGGUGAAGAAGAAUAGCCAAAAGAAGGUAUAUAUUUUAUGCAUUAUAUUAGGAAAUGUUGAUGAUUUAGAGAAAGAAGAAGAAGUUUAAAAAAAUGAUCAAGUACCAUAGGAAGGUGAAUAAGAGAAAUAAGCAAAUUGAUU